CGCGCGCGCGCGAGAACGAGGGAGCGCGAGCGCGCCCAGCCGCACAUCUCUGUCGCGCUGAGGCUGCAGACAAAGGCAGUGAGAGACUCGUCUGGCUCGCGUGCAGCAUCCACACCCUCUCCGGAGCGCGGCAGUAUCACCAGCGUAGACCUUCCCUUCCCCUCGUUGCCAUGGAACAGGAGUUCGGCCACUUCGACGAGCGAGACAAGGCGUCCCGGACCCCGCGUGGGGCCCGCGCCAAUGGCUUGCCCAGCCCUACGCACAGUGCCCACUGUAGCUUCUAUCGCACACGCACGCUGCAGACCCUCACCAAUGAGAAGAAGGCCAAGAAGGUGCGCUUCUACCGCAACGGCGACCGUUACUUCAAAGGCAUCGUGUAUGCUGUGGCCCUCGACCGCUUCCGCACCUUCGAUGCCCUGCUGGCCGACCUGACGCGCUCACUGUCCGACCACAUCAAUCUGCCACAGGGUGUGCGCUUCAUCUUCACUAUUGAUGGGUCCCGUAAGAUCACCUCCAUGGAUGAGCUGGAGGAAGGAGAGAGCUAUGUGUGUGCAUCUGAGAACUACUACAAGAAAGUGGACUACACCAAGAAUGUCAAUCCCAACUGGUCAGUGAACGUCAAGGCCUCAGCUUCCCAGAGGCAGUCGCUGGCCAGCGCCAAGGGUGCCGGCGAACCCAAGGAAAACAAAGAUUUUGUGCGGCCCAAGCUGGUGACGGUGAUGCGCAGCGGGUCUAAGCCGCGCAAGGCUGUUCGGGUGCUGCUCAACAAGAAGACGGCGCACUCCUUCGAGCAGGUGCUUACUGACAUCACCGAGGCCAUCAAGCUGGAGAGUGGUGUUGUCAAGAAGAUCUACACACUGGAUGGCAAGCAGGUCACUUGCCUCCAGGAUUUCUUCGGGGAUGACGAUGUCUUCAUUGCCUGUGGCCCAGAGAAGUUCCGCUACGCUCAAGACGACUUCUCCUUGGAAGAGAAUGCACACUUCCCCCCUGGAGCCAAGUCCAAAUCGGCCCAUGGAGGGUUUAACCAAGAGUGCAGAGCCACAAAGACGAACCCCAAAGGCAGCGCUCAGAAGAGCUUGAGCAAGAGCCCUGGGCCCGCCCGGCGCACCAAGUCCCCCGCCGAAUCCACCAACGGGACGGCUUCCAGCAGCCAGAUCUCCACUCCUGUUUCCAAGCAGUCCCCCAUCUCCACGCCCACCAGCCCAGGCAACCUCCGCAAGCACAAGGACCUGUACCUGCCCCUCUCUCUGGAUGACUCUGACUCCCUGGGGGACUCCAUGUAGACCACAAGGCCCCAGAUCCCCACCUCCCCCUCCUCCCCUGCCCCUUGACAGCAGAGGUAUCCCUGGUGCUCACCGUGUCCUGCAAAUGCCCAUCCUGGGCAUCAGACGGACAUCAGUCCUCACUGAAUACUGCCUACCCUUAUCAGCCAUGUCAACACGACACCGGCUCUCCCAUCUCGGUGUUCCCUGGGUUUCCCGUGAAGUAAAAAGGCUCUACGCUGGACAUGUGCAUAUACAUAACCUGUGUAGGCAUUAACGCACAAUCAUGUCCCAUCGUUCUGUGUGUAGUAUGUUGCUCAUCAUUGUGUUUGAGGUGGAAGCAGGAGGGCAGUUGAAGUGAUCGUCGGUGUUUACGGUAGAGCACUUCAAAAAAAAAUUCGAAAUUUCACACCAGAACCCAACCUAGACUGAAGUGUUUUUUAAAAAAAAAAAAAAAUGCUUACUCACUUUCUUUCACCCAACACAGACCCAAUCCUCUGUUUUCAUAUAUUAUAAUUUGUCUAGUGAACGGAUACAUUUUCGAGCUGCAGAACAUACAGAAAUACUUUCAAGUAUUUUGAAUUUCUUUCGAGGUUUAUACGUGUCCAUUAAGUAAGUAUAAUUAAUUUGUACAACAAAUGAAAGAAAAUUCCUGACGAAAGCUUCCAGAUUCUUUAUGCAUAUACCAAACGACGUGAUGUAGGUUUCUUGUAUCGUGUGAACCGCAGAAAACCUCGACUUGAGUCUUAAACGUUCUCUGCACCGAAAAGAUCCUUUUUUUUUUUUUUUUUUUCUCCCCCCCCCUCUGCCCCGCUAUAGUGCUUCAGGAUGGUUUUGGCAAAAAAGAAAUGGCAAGUUAUUUAGCAAGAAAAAUAUGAUGGCAGAUACAUUUUUGUUUCAGCACUUGGUUUUCACUGGAAUUAUGAACAUGCUGAGCUCUCUUUUUGUAGCAGCCUGUUGCCUUCCAUGGGAUAAAGGAAGAGGCAGGAGUGCGCUGUUGUCAGGGCUGUACCCUGUUCCCUGUACCCUAUAGCCUAUACCCUAACCCCAGAACCCUGUACCCUGCACGCUAGAAAGCUCCACGAAACUGAACGAUAGUGUCAGAUCCCUCUGAGAAAAUCCAAAGUGAGCCGUUUGUCUCUUUACAAUGGGAAAAGCACACAGUUAGGUCACUUUAACAAACUUUGGCAGCUUAAAGUUUUUCGCACAUUUUUUCUAACAACAUCUGGUCUCGUUGGGCAGCUCUCGCUGUUAAGGGUCCACAUUCGCCAGCAGCUUCUCGCCGGACGAUGGCAGGCUGCAACAUUAUAUUGCAUUUCUCAUGUGCGGUGCUUCAUCUGGAAGAGUCAUUGCCGUGUGUUCCAAGCAUGCUUCGAAUCAAGCGGAGGAAGCCGGAAGUGCUGAGCCUCACAUUUAUCCUCCCCCCCCCUCCGGCAGAAUGUACUGUGUGCACUGGGGUGUCGCCUAAAGUGAUCUGAAACGAGCUGGACUGAAAGUGGUGAAAAUGAUGGACGUAACGGUUUUCGUAGGAUUGGUGGGGGUGGUAUUACGUUUUGGAGGUCAAGAAUAAGUUCGUACUAAUUAUGAAUUCCAUAAUGCAUGUAAUAAGGCAACUGUAGAAUAGAAUGUUAAGCUAUGUAUAGAAAUGUCAUUCAUGUUUACAGUUCUAUGUAUGAUGUAAGCUCUCGAGGAGCAGGUGAAGAGUGCUCUGUGUGAACAUGUACUCAGUGGUCAGCUAUCCUGACUCGCUGCAUCAGCCGUACGGCACAAAUAAAUUGAGAAAUGACUUCAAAUUCCGUCACAUCGUGCAAGUAGGGAAUGAGUCGCGUUUUCUUGUUUGCCCUCACGCUUUUUUACAGGCGAAAGCCACGGACGUCAUCCGUUGUACUGUUCACAGAAAGCACUGCGAAGUGCACAAUAUGCUGUUCCUUUCCACAACAGGGUAAAUUUUUAGAGUCCUCCAUGUAGUAGUAAAGACUGUAUGUUCCAAUUAUGGCAUUUUUUUCCCCUCCCAAAAACUUAAAUACUGAAUAAUUGUCACACGAUUUUGUUUUCUCGCAUUUUUGUACAUGGUUGUGUUAGAAAGGGCUGUUUUGUGUCACGUGCCACUAUGAAAAAUGGAAGGUGAACAGAACUUCCUUCCUGUGGUGCCUUUUCUAAUAUCUUUUAAUAGCUUUUAUUACAGCCAACUGAG